AUGCGGCGUUCCGUUCGUCUUCUAAGUACCGCUUCGCACGACGUCAAGCUGAAGAAUUUCAAUUCCAAUUCUCGUAACAUUUCUUUGUCUGUGCUUUCCACGUCUUCUCCUGCAAUUUCAACCUUCGAAUGUCAAGUAAAGGUGGAAAAACUUCAUCAGAACGAUUGGACGCCAUUGUGCAGUACUCGGGAGCUCUCGUGUGCUCUCACAUUGGAAUCGGGACAGGUUUUCACUUGGCGAAAACAUCCAAAACAAUUGGCAACGUGGUUGGGAGUUAUAGGACGACGUGUUUUUGCUCUACACGAACGUGAGGAUAUUGUACAUUUCCAGUGUCUCCAUCCAUUGGACUUAUCAACAAUUGAGGGGGCUAAGGUGCUAUCACAUUACUUUCGGUUAGAAGUAAAUGCCGAUCCAUUGUAUGAGUGCUGGACAAUGACAAGUGAUCGAAUGACAGAAAGUAUCUUAAAACUACGAGGACUGAGGAUCGUCCGACAGGAUCCUGUGGAGUGUUUGUUCUCUUUUAUCUGCUCGUCGAAUAACAACAUUGCUCGAAUUCAAGGAAUGGUGGACAGACUCAAAGCCACAUAUGGAGAUUUAAUCUAUAAAGAAGAGGAUGAGCAAGGUUGUGAUUUUUACGCUUUCCCUUCGGUUGAUACAUUGGCUACCAAGUGUGAAGAAGCGACGCUACGGACUCUGGGGUUUGGCUAUCGAGCAGCUUUUAUUGUAAAGACUGCGAAACAGCUGCAAGCACUUGGAGGAGCUGCUUAUCUCAACAACAUUCGAGACGGUAAAACUAUCGUGUCGUCAAAAAUGAUGAAGAAGCUGAAAUCGAGCAAAGUACCAAGUGAUGAGCAAGAAGAAAAGAUGACAUCCUAUCAUGCGUAUCAGGACGAUCUGAUGGUGUUUGCAGGCGUGGGAAGAAAAGUAGCGGAUUGUGUCGCGCUUUUUUCGCUGGAAAAAAUGGAAGCGAUUCCUGUUGAUACGCACGUGUGGCAGAUCGCAUGUCGUGAACUGGAUGCGACACUCAGCAAACGAAAAAGUAUCACUCCAACCGUUUACCGCAUGGUAGGCGAUCUAUUCCGGACACGUUUCAUACGUCAAGCUGGCUGGGCUCAUAGUAUAUUGUUUGCAGCAGAUCUCACUACAUUCAAGUCUGAAGUAGUCAGUAUCGAGAACAAGUCAGAACUCAAAUGUAUGGCUGUCAAGACAUUACAAAAUUCAUGUACGAAGCGGAAGACCGUGUUUUCGCUCCUUGUAACUUCGACAUUUGGAUCACAGCGUCGUCUACAGACGUACACACAAACGUCUGAUUAUGAAGCUAUCAUGCUUGAGCGUGUCAACUUGGAACGAGGUGCUCAAGGUCUUGCUCCUCUUUGUACAAACAGCAAAUUGCGCUUGGCAGCACAACUUCACUCUGACGAUCAAGCUGCGAAUGAUUUUAUGGAUCAUACAGGUUCCGACGGACGUACAGUUGUAGAUCGAGUAUCUGCUGCUGGGUAUGACUGGCGUGGCGUCGCUGAGAACGUUGCUGCAGGUCAAAUUGAUGUAACAGAAGUGAUGGAUGCUUGGAUGAAUUCCGAAGGUCAUCGUGAGAAUAUAUUGGGAGACUAUACCAUGUUAGGUAGUGCCUAUGCCUACACUCCAGAUGGGAAUUACAACCACUUUUGGACUCAAAACUUUGGAUGGAGCGACACGGACGUAUGCGAUGGUAUGACACCUACGUCCAAUGGUCCAAAUACUACAUCACUCAUUUCUGAUCCAGUUGCUAACUCAAGUAACCCACGUGAUAAUCGAAUGUCUGCACCGAGUGGACGUGACUCACGAGGAAAUGUCUCCAAGCUCUUGGUCACAUUGAAUCGAUAUGUCUAUAUGGAUUCACCAUUGAGUUUAUUUGCUUUCAAGUCAAUGGAAUUUCUAACACUAGAAGAUUUACAAGGACAUGCACUAUACAAUCUGUAUGCAGAUUUUGAAAGAAUGGGCGUUGCAUUGAAAGAUGGAACAAGUGCCUACCGAGUCACGGAACUCAAUGCUACAUUUGUCAUGUGUCCAACCUAUCCUCGACAACUUGUUGUACCGGCAGCUGCUAGUGACGUGGAAGUUGGUGCUGUCGCUUCAUUUCGAUCCAAGGGAAGAUUACCAAUAUGUAGUUAUGUCCAUGCGCAUAAUGGUGCGGCGCUAUGGCGAUGUGCACAGCCGAAACGUGGUAUUCUGCAUGCUCAGAAUGAUGCAGAUGAAAAUUAUUUACUUCAUAUUGCUCGUGCCUCAUCGAGCUCAACAUCGUCAUAUUCAGGGACACGAACUCGCAAGAUUUGGAUCGCGGAUUGUCGUCCAGAAUUGAAUGCACGUGUAAACAACUUGACAGGAGGUGGCACGGAAAGUGGUAAUUUAGCUCAUGCACGUGUGAGUUUCCUUAACAUUGGAAAUAUUCACGCCAUGCGUGAAAGCAUCGAAGCUGUUCGUGGUCUUGGAGGAUUCAUGGCUUCAACCAACAAUACCGAGUCAACUGAUCUUUUAUGGGGGGCUCGCGUUGAGGAUACGAAAUGGCUUUUACAUGUGCGCCGCAUUUUGAGCGGGGCACUGCAAGUUGCACACGCACUCGAGGCCCAAGCGACUACCGUGGUUGUGCAUUGUAGCGAUGGUUGGGACCGCACGGCUCAACUAUGUGGUCUUGCACAAUUAUUAGUCGACGGUCAUUAUCGUUCUCGUCGAGGCUUUCUUGAGGUGAUUGAGAAGGAAUGGGUUCGUGCUGGCCACAAAUUUCAGGAUCGUGUUGCGCCUGGUAAGACUGAAGACGACGAUCAACAAGCACCAAUUUUCCUGCAGUUCCUGGACUGCGUGUGGCAGCUCAUUCGCAUCUUUCCAACCCACUUUGAGUUCAAUGAACGUAUGCUUGAGACAAUGGCGGACGCAGUAUUUUCCGGAAGAUAUGGUACGUUUUUAGGAAACUGUGAGUGUGAGCGUGGCACCUGGAGUGUGCGUGAACGAACCCCUUCGCUUUAUGCGUCGAUUCUAAGGGACGAUCGUUACGUGAAUCCGUUUUACCGUGGUAGUAGCACAGCAGCGUUGCUGCCGGAGCCGUCAUCCGUGUUGCGUCAAGUAACGUUGUGGAGUUCUUACUACUUUCGUGGGGCACCGUUUCUAGCAUCGUCGGCCGGUAAUCCUGCUCCACCAAUGUAUGCAGUGACCGUUGAAGGAGAGGGCAAUGCAGUGUCUAGUGGAGCGCAGGAAGAUAUGGAAAUUGCCAUGAUGGCUGCAUUGCGUAGGAUCCGCGUUUUAGAGGACAAACUGAGCACUGCUGCGGCAAUGUCUGCUCCUCCUCCAGGGCCAUCACCUGUUUCGUAUCCGCCACUGUAUUCAGCAGCAUCAGAAUUGGGCAUGUGUGCGCGCGUCCACCAAAACUCCCAGCCAGAGAUGCCCAUCCACCAAAACUCCCAGCCAGAGAUGCCCAUCCACCAAAACUCCCAGCCAGAGAUGCCCAUCCACCAACAGAGCUUUAAAGAUGAUUUCCACCAUUCUAGCAGCAAUUGCAGUUCCACUAGCAGCGAUCGAGGUGUCUAUGCUGCUCCCGCUCUUCCAGUUUUACCACAAGUAUCAACAUUAUCAUUUUCUACGCCAGCACCGGUAUCAGUACAACCAUCAGUACCAACAGCAACGUGGACAUGCAGGCUCUGCACGAAAAGUAACGCAGCUGGCGUUCUUCAAUGCGUCGUGUGUGGCCGUACACCAAGGUGA